AUGAAUAAAAGAAUUAAGACAAACAUAUUUAUUAAAAUUGCUGCUUUUAUCAUUCUCGAAUGGAUAUCCAAUUUUGAUAAUUAUAAGUGCAUAUUUAUCAAGUUCGUGAAUGAAAACUGUAACUAUUAUGGAAAAUUAUAUACGAGAAAUUAUAGAUUACUAUCAAAAUAUAAACAGGAUAAUGAUUCAAAUAAUGUAUUGUUAAAAGAAAGAUUUCCAAAUAAUGAAGUCAAGAAGCAGACGAAUAUAUCUCAUAAUGAAAAAGUAACGAGAGGAAAAAGCAAUCGGUCAAAUAAAAGUUUAUUAAAUAAGGCACAAUACUACACAGAAAUUAUAGAUAAUAGCAGUGUAAUCUUUGAUGGAAAACAUUUCCAUUUUGAAAAAAAAUGGAUAAAAAAAAAAGAUUAUGAUAAUUUUCUUGAAAAAAGAAGAAGAAUUUGUGAUAUAUCCUUAGGGAAAAUAAAAUUUAGAAGUUAUGGAUUUGUAAUUGUUCUAUUUUUUAUUUUUUUCUUGGUGGGAAUAGGAAUACCCAUAUUACAUGGAGUAGGGUUGCUGAAAACUAUAGGGGAUGGAUGA